UGGGCGAUUUGAGCGCAAGUGUAGAGAGCUCGAGGUCAUGACGCGGCUGUAUCAGAGCAAAUGCUGCGAUUAUGAUGAGCUUGAAGCAAAGCACAACAGAUUUUUGGAGCGCAGAAAGACAGCUGAUGUAGUUCACGCUCCAGAAGUGUCUGACAACAAUCAGUCAACGAGUAAAGCCCCACAGCCGCAUUCAGAGCCAGCCUCAGCUAAGCGCUUCGCAGAGACAACAACAUCGUUGACGAAGCGGCGGCGCACUGAUACCUCCGUGGACCAGAUGCACUCGCUGUUUUCAUCAUCCCCACCCAUGUUCCGUCCAGUAGCCCAUUUCAACGAUAAGGCAUGGCAGCGCAAGAAGGUACGGGCGGAGAGAACAAAACUGGCCCCGUGUGCUGCCAGUUCUCAAACAACGCAAAUGGAUGCCAGCGAGGCAAACGGACCAGUCACCGAUUCCCCUAUUUUAUUAUGCCCAUCCUCGGACGAGGAGGAAAUGGCUAAGGGAGUCAAGAAGUCCUCCCAGCCGCACAUGAAGCCACAGAAUGGCUGUGUUAGCAGAUCGUCUACUAGGCUUGAAGGUGGAUGCGAAGGUUGCAGAAUGUUUUAUGAUGAACCAGGGUUCAAUUUGACAAAGGAGGAUCUUGACAGGCUUUGCACUCAUAAAAAGGGUAAGACCAAGUUGUCACCGCUUUUUUCGAUGAAAACCUCUCGUCUGCCCCCACUAACACUCACACGGAGUGGCGCAGUGGGCAAGGGCCGUGAAGUAGCUGACCGGUCGCGCCUAAAGGGAGACCGUCCGCUCACCCCAGAACAUUUUUGGGAUAUCGACUACUUCCCACCAAUUCGUACUGCGGGGCCAGAUACCGUGCGCAAGCAGAAGUAGAAUCGUGAUUGCUAUAAAAUUGUAAAUAUGCCAAUAACAUGCACUAUUAGCCAC